UGUGAGCGUUCCACCAUGGAGGAAAGGUUUCGGCGACUCAUCUUCAUCCCCAUCGCGGCCGUGCUAUGCUUCAUGAUCGGGUACCAGUACGUGUGUCCAGCAGAGAGCAACACCUGCAACUCCCGACGAGAAGAGUUCGGCCUUUUUGAGCAAUAUUCAUCCCUGCGCACGGAACAGCAACUGGACGAGGACCUCGCUGACGUGACCGCGUUCACAUUGAAUUUCACGGAGCUGGAACUGGACAAACACGUGAACUUUGACAUCCGAGGAGAUGACGUGAUGGUGUUCCUGCACAUUCAAAAGACCGGAGGAACCACGUUCGGGCUCCACCUGGUUAAAAAUAUGCAACUGGAGCAGCCCUGCGAAUGCACGCCCGGACAGAGGAAAUGCACGUGUUACCGGCCCGGCAAAAGCGAGUCGUGGCUCUUUUCUCGCUUCUCCACCGGCUGGAGUUGCGGUGUACACGCCGACUGGACCGAGUUAACGAGCUGCGUUCCAGUGGUGAUGAACAGGCGGAACAAAAAUAAUUCCCAAAAGAGAAAAUGGAAUUUCCACUACAUCACCAUGCUCCGAGACCCCGUGUCGCGCUACCUCAGUGAGUGGAAACACGUACAGCGUGGCGCCACCUGGAAAACCGCCCUCCACCUGUGUGAUGGCCGCCCACCUUCUCAGGAUGAACUUCCAGCCUGCUACAGCGGCGAGGACUGGACCGGUGUGACCCUGGCAGACUUCAUGAACUGUCCGUCCAACCUCGCCAACAACCGGCAGGUGCGCAUGCUGGCUGACCUCAGCCUUGUAGGCUGCUACAACAUGUCAUCCAUGAACGAGCUGGAACGAGGCCACCUGCUCCUCGCCAGCGCCAAGGCUAACCUCCGUAACAUGGCCUUCUUCGGUCUGACCGAGUAUCAGCAAAAGACGCAAUACUUAUUCGAGCGGACGUUCGACCUGCGUUUCAUCCGGCCCUUCACGCAAAUCAAUAGCACCCGUGCUGCCAGCGUGGGAAUCAACAAGAAGGUCCAGUGGCGCAUCGAAGGACUUAACGCCCUCGACGUGGAGCUCUACGAGUACGCCAAGGAGCUAUUCCUGCAGCGCUACCAGUACAAGCGGCAAAAGCAGCACAGAGAGGAACGUCUCCGCCGACGGCAGGAGAGGCAACGUCUGCACAGGACCUACCUGGCGGAGUUGCUGAGAUUAGGAAGAGACGAAGAAGAGGAGGACAUGAAGGUGCUCGGCACUACGGAAGACUACAACAGUCAAGUGGUGCGAUGGUGAGGAGGAAACAACAAAGACCAAACUUCUACCCUCCUGCUUUUGCUGUCAGUCUGCCAAAUUCUGUCAUCCUCUCCAUCUUUUGUUGGCUGGCCGAAAGGUGUCUUAAUAUUUACGAUGGAUGUAUUUGUAACCUUUUGUACGUGGUGUUUCUUAUGGCUCUGCAGUUGUGAAAUGCUUUUUAUUUAACUUUCAUGAGCGAAGAAGAAUGUUUUAUACAUCAAGCGAAAAUUUGAUGUCUGCAAAAAAAAACAAUGCGGCCAUUUUGGAAAAUUCGUAGAACAAUAAAUGGGCUUUAAGGAUCUUCUAUGUGAUGUUCUAGCGCUGUGUUGGCCAUUAAAUUAUUGUGGCUCGGUCCGAAAAAUCCAAGCACAAACUUAGCUGUUGUUUUUCUU